AACUACAGCUCCCGAAGCACCCCGGGACAGAGCCCGCCUACCCAGGGGUGGUGCCGGGGGUUAAGAUGGCUGCGCUGCGGGAGCGGCCGUGAAGGGAGGCGGCUGGAUUCGGAGUGAGGGAAGGAGCUGUGGUGGAACGGCGCUGUUCGUGUUCUGGAGGGGCUCGAGUUGACCAUGUCCGGCUUGUGAGAGCGAAACACAUCCUAAAAGGCAUACACAUUGGGAUCAAGAUCAGCAAUUUGCUGAUGGCACCACACUGAGCACUGCAGUUGACAGGGCAGAAGGAAGCGAUGCCCUCCAGAGGGAUCCUGCGCAAUGUCCCUGUUGUUUACUCGUUCCAAGUCAAUAGUUGCAGUGAAGAAGGAUAAAAGACACAUGGCUGAGGUCAAUGCUUCUCCACUCAAACAUUUUGUCACUGCAAAGAAGAAAAUCAAUGGCAUCUUUGAGCAACUGGCCGCAUACAUCAAUGAGAGCUCCUCAUUCCUGGAGGAAACACACAGGAACGUGGAGCUUGAUCCUGUCACCACAGAAGAGCAGGUAUUGGAAGUCAAAGGCUACUUGUCAAAAGUCAGUGGCAUUAGUGAAGUGCUGGCGAGGCGACACAUGAAAGUGGCUUUUUUUGGAAGGACGAGCAAUGGGAAAAGCACUGUGAUAAAUGCCAUGCUAUGGGACAAAGUCCUUCCUUCAGGAAUUGGGCACACCACCAAUUGUUUCCUGCGUGUAGAAGGGACUGAUGGUCAUGAAGCUUUCCUUCUUACUGAAGGCUCGGAGGAAAAGAAGAGUGUUAAGACAGUAAACCAGCUGGCUCAUGCCCUCCAUCAAGAUGAGCUUCUGAAUGCUGGCAGCCUAGUAAGCGUAAUGUGGCCCAAUUCCAAAUGUUCUCUCUUGAAGGAUGACCUAGUGCUCAUGGACAGCCCUGGCAUUGAUGUAACCACAGAGCUGGACAGUUGGAUUGACAAGUUCUGUCUGGAUGCUGAUGUAUUUGUUCUGGUGGCAAAUUCCGAAUCAACAUUGAUGCAAACUGAGAAACAGUUCUUUCACAAGGUGAACGAACGUCUGUCUCGACCCAAUAUAUUUAUUUUAAAUAACCGCUGGGAUGCAUCUGCCUCUGAACCAGAAUACAUGGAAGAGGUGCGUCGGCAGCACAUGGAGCGCUGCACCAGUUUCCUGGUAGAUGAGCUGGGUGUGGUGGAUCGAGCGCAGGCAGGGGAUCGAAUCUUCUUUGUGUCAGCAAAAGAAGUGCUGAAUGCCAGGAUUCAGAAGGCUCAAGGGAUGCCAGAAGGAGGUGGAGCACUGGCAGAUGGUUUUCAAGUGAGAAUGUUUGAGUUUCAAAACUUUGAGAGGAGAUUUGAGGAAUGUAUCUCCCAGUCAGCAGUGAAAACAAAAUUUGAGCAGCAUACAGUGAGAGCAAAGCAGAUCGCGGAGGAUGUUCGUCUCAUCAUGGAUUCUGUGCAUGUUGCUGCCCAGGAACAGCGAGUUUACUGUCUGGAAAUGCGAGAGGAACGACAGGAACGUUUAGGUUUUAUUGACAAGCAGCUGGAGCUCCUCACUCAAGACUACAAGCGGAAAAUCAAACAGAUCACAGAAGAAGUGGAGAGGCAGGUAUCAAACGCAAUGGCAGAAGAAAUCAGACGGCUUUCAGUGCUGGUAGAUGAAUACCAAGCAGAUUUCCAUCCAUCUCAAGUCGUUCUUAAAGUUUACAAGAAUGAGCUCCAUAAACACAUUGAGGAAGGCCUGGGCCGUAACAUGUCAGAUCGUUGUUCCAAUGCAAUCACAGCUUCCCUGCAGACAAUGCAGCAAGAAAUGAUAGAUGGUUUAAAACCACUGCUCCCACUCACACUGCGAGGCCAGAUAGACAUGUUAAUUCCCCGGCAGUGCUUCACACUCAGCUAUGAUCUGAACUGUGAUAAGCUUUGUGCUGACUUCCAAGAAGAUAUAGAAUUCCAUUUCUCUCUUGGAUGGACGAUGCUGGUGAACAGAUUUUUGGGACCAAAGAAUGGUCGUCGGGCCUUGAUGGGCUAUAAUGACCAGAUUCAACGCCCUUUAACACCAGCAAAUCCCAGUCUGCCUCCUUUGCCUCAGGGUUCUAUGACCCAGGAAGAGCUCAUGGUGUCGAUGGUUACUGGACUGGCCUCAUUAACUUCCCGGACUUCCAUGGGGAUCAUCGUGGUUGGUGGCGUGGUUUGGAAGGCUGUGGGCUGGAGGCUGAUUGCUCUCUCAUUUGGCCUUUAUGGGCUGCUUUAUGUGUAUGAACGCCUCACCUGGACCACAAAAGCGAAGGAGAGAGCUUUCAAACGGCAGUUUGUAGAGUAUGCUGGAGAGAAACUGCAGCUUAUUGUCAGCUAUACAGGAUCUAAUUGCAGCCACCAAGUCCAACAAGAGCUCGCUGGAACAUUUUCUCAAUUAUGUCAGCAAGUGGAUGUUACACGGGAGAAUCUUGAGCAGGAAAUUUCUGCCAUGAAUAAGAAAAUUGAAGUUUUGGAUUCACUGCAGAGCAAAGCAAAAUUGCUGAGGAAUAAGGCGGGUUGGCUUGAUAGUGAACUUAACAUGUUCACACAUCAGUACCUGCAGCAAAGCAGAUAGUGUGGGAAGAGGAGAAAAACAACACCGUUUCCCUUCAGUGCUCCUUCAGUUACUGCAGAGAAUAUGGUGGGUGAUGGAAUCCCUAAAGGGAAUGUGCAAAAGGCUCCUGCCAGUUUCCAGUUGCUGUGUGAACAGUAGGAUUCAGCAUCCUUGUUUUGUGUCCCACCUCUGAACACUCGCUGUUGUAGCUCUUCCUUUUCCUGCUUAGGAGAACAGGCUACGUUGGAAAGAAUGUGUGCUUUGUACAUUUACAGAGGGCUUUUAAAAUCAACACUGAAGUACAGUAACAGUGAAGUCUAAAAUGUAUUUAUCAGUCUAGAAGUUACUCUAACACGCUGUUCAGAGUCAUUCAUCUUACUACAUGAAGGUGGAGCUUUUGUCUUCAAAGCCCCAAGUUUAUGUAUGUGACAAGCAGCUGUUUUUCUAAACAGCGAUUUUAUGCACACAGUUACAACAGUUUCACAGUACUUUUUUUUGCCUGUGCAAACCUAUCUCCUGAGUUCACCUUCUGUUGUUGUAAAACAUGGCAGAGAUCUGCUGCACUGUUUAUCUUCAUGGAUAGGUUUAUUUUUGUCAGCAUGUUUAAACCCGUGGACAAAACUUAUUUCUCUUCCAGAGCAAAAAGGACUAAAACACUUGCUUUGGUACAUUUCUUGUCUUCUGAGUUAAUUUCUUCCUCUCCAGUGCUCUUCAAUAACGCAGCUCAUUAUAGGCAACUGAUUAGCAAAGACACAGCCAGCUGCUAUGAAGGAGCUGGUGUUGAUAAUUGGCAGUUUGUUGAAGGAGGAAAUUGGUAAUGAAAAGGUGAAUCAGUUGACAGGUUGCCUUGUGAGACAGGUUGAUGAAUAGGUGGGGUUUGGUAAUUGCACAGCAGUGUUUCUGGAAGCAGGCCAAUGGAAUUCCAUUACCAUCACCUGGCUGUGAGGACAGCAUGGGGAUUACGCGCUGUAAGAGAUUUCACUUCAUAUGGAGUUCCCAUAGGAUGACACGAGUCCAUGCAGUAAUGAGAUUUGUUUCUGUUCUGUUAAGAGUAUGAGGAAGAUGAUAGAGGCCCGUCCUUCCUAUUUAAUGCUGGGAUAGGAAUGGGUUAAGUCAUUUUUUCUUAUUCCAGAUAUCUUUUAUUUGUAAAUAGAUGAAAUGAAUUGAGUUUUGCCCUAAAACAAUUCUUAAUUUUGGCUUGGGCGUUGUAAGGACUGGAGCCUCUUCUUUUUGGGGUUGAUAGUGGAAGAAUUCCCACUGCUUUCAGUAGUACCAGGAUCAGGUUCCUGUGCUGUAAAACUUAUUUUCCACUUGGUGGGUCUGUAUUUUACCAUGUGUUGAGAAUGAUCUUUAUGUAGCCCACAAAACGUCUCUCCAUAAUCCAGAAUUAAUCCUGCAGUUCUGGAGUUAGGAUCAGCCUGAAUCAAAUGCUGGAGAAGAUGAAUUAUCAGUGAGAAAGUCACAGCUGGAUUUGGGAGUUCACUUGGAAAUGAGAUCAGCCAGCCUUAGGAUUCCUCAUUCAUGCUCAGGUAUGAAUAUAUGUGCCUGUGACACAUUCACUGCUUCAGGUGAGGUUCCAGAAGGAAGUUGCCUGACGUUUGAGGAAAGAAUAGCGAAGUAGCAGUCAGUACUUCAGGCUGUGUUAAGAUUUUAGCUCUUAACUACCCGGAGUAAUGACCUCACCCUUGGAGAUGUGCUGCUAGAUCUCUUCAUCCUUAGAGGAAAUCUGAUCAGUGAGCUGAUGUUCAGAGCUGGGGUCAGAUUUGUGAAGGCAAAGAGAUGGAUAUGGUGCCUUGGCAGCGUGUGUUUGUGGUGCUGCUCAGAUUUGGGUGAUGGAGGUGCUUUCACUGUAAUGCUGAAACCUGACAUAUAGAAUGGAGGGAAGAACCACCUGAGUUUUGUAAGCAGUAGAACUGCUAACGUGGGAGAUAAUUGUUCGAGUACGUGUGUACCCCUGUCACUAGCAGCUGGGUGAUCACAGAUCAGGCUUUUAACAGAGACCUACAGGCUGGAUUCCUCUUCAAACACAGCUGUUCUUUAAUUCAGCUUGGGUGAAGAAUGAACACUAUUAGCAGGGAGGUUGUUAUCUUCUGCUUUUCUUGAGAAAUAAUAAACUAAGCCUUGGAAUUUGGGUAACUCUAAAAGCAGUCUUCCCCAAGCUCUUAAAGAGUGACAGCUCAAUGCACUUUAUCUUAUUGCUGCUAUGUACCUUCAUUGUGUAACAUUGAUGGAGCUCUAUGAAAUACUCUUACCAGUGAGUUUUCUCUCUGCUGUAUUUAAGGUGAUAAAUUUGCAUGAAUUAUUCCUGUAUCAAAUGCUGUAAAAGCAGUGGAAACCAAAAUAAAAAUGAAUUGGAAAAAGUA